GCCGAGCUAACGGUACGUCUGUACGCAGUCCGCGCGCGAAUACAACGAAUUCAAACACGAUACGCUCGUCUACAAAUACGACUGCACACAACAAUCGUCAAUCGUAAAGUUUUUCUUUCCUCUCGUUAUUUGUCGGUCCUGGUGCGGUUUUCUAUAUCUGUGUUUUAUCGCGAAGAUCAUAAAUAAAUAUUAGAUUUCGCUAAAGACAGGUAAAGGUUGUUACCGUGAAAAGCUUCGAGCUAGACGUUUCUGUUGUUAGUACAAUGUAUCGCUCUAACGUAGAUUGAGUGCAAUAAUAUGGUCUAUGACACGAAGACUAUGCCGUCGAUAUUUCACUCAAGGAAUAAAUGCUGUUCAUGAGAUAUAAAACCAAACAAAAUGAUUUUGAAAAUCGGAGGGAAAUCACCUCCGGUCGCGAAGACCGCCUCGGAGAAAGAGGCAAAGAAAGAGGAGAAGAAAGAAACGAAGAAGAAAUGGGAGAAGUGUGAGGAGAGAUGUCCAGGAGACCCGUGGGCUUACUGUGUGGUGUUAUGGUGUGCGUGUGCCAUGAGCCUGAUCUCGAGCGGCUACAGCCUGUACAAGCAGCAGGCGCUGACGGAGCGGCUGUCGCUGCUGGAGGAGCAGCAUCUGGCGCUGCGCAGCGCCGUGCUGGAGCCGCAGCAGCCGCUGGUGGAGCGUCUGCGGCGGGACGUGCUGCCGCGCCCGCCCCUCUACUGGCGGCCCCGCAGGAGCAUCCGCGACUAUGGGGACUGUGGCUGUCCACCAGGUGAGCAAUCGCACUAG